AUGCCUGCUCACUUUCCCCGGGACUCCAAACACCCCGUCCCUACAACUUCUACUUUCUGUCAUAGAAGGAAACUCGCAAUAUUCGCUCUUUCCUGCCUGCUGGUCGGCGGCUACAUCUUCCGCGAGCACCUCAAUUUCUUUCUCUCAACACCUUUCUUAUUCUCGCACUGCCAUCCUUCAAAAGACGACUGGACCAAGCUCUCCCCUGGUACUGUGAAGUGGUGGGACUGCGCCGGAGAGGGUGGGGCCGCUCCGGGCACAGACUGCGGGUGGAUCAUCGUCCCGACCGACUACUUUAACGCCUCUGCUGGUGUCACCCGGGUAGCUCUAGGUAGGGUCAAAGCCCGGAGGGAAAGGCAAGGGAUCGUCCUCGUCAAUCCUGGCGGACCAGGCGGCUCGGGCAAACAGCUUGCCGUGCAGGGAGGGUCUUCACUCCAAGCUGCCGUCACAGGGGAGACAUACGAUAUCGUAGGUUUUGACCCUCGCGGCAUAGGCGAAACCCUCCCCCCUACCCAAUGCUUUUCGUCCGCUGCACAGAGCGCCCUUCUAACAGUCAACACCGUUCUAGACAAGGAGUACGACGUCCCCAGAAAUGCAUCAGGAGAGAGGGAGACCUUUAAAAGGAAGAUGAUAGAGGCCGACGCCCUAUAUCGCACCCAGUAUGCCCAGUGUGAGCGCAUGGGCGAUGCUGCGCGGUACAUGGGCACCACCACGGUCGCUCGGGAUGUGGACUUUAUCACUAGGGUGUUGGAGGGCGAGGAAGCGCUGAUAAACUUCUGGGGAGCAAGCUACGGCACCAUCCUCGGCCAGUACCUAGUAAACAUGUUCCCUGACCGGGUUGGCCGAGUCGGAAUAGACGGCGUUGUGGAUGGUAUCGCCUGGUCCAGUGAGCCAAACUUCAAAUGGUACCGACCCUGGCUGUCCUCCACGGAAGAUGCAUACGAUAUAUUCCUUUCCACCUGCUCCGCCGCUGGCUCGUGGAGCUGCCCGCUCACGCUCUGGAAGGGCGAAGAGCCGGCGUUCAUUCGCCAACGGCUCGAGAGCUGGUUUGACGAGUUGUACGACCGCCCGCUCGUGGUUAACGACCUGGACAACCCGGGGUUCGUGACAUCCGGCAUGGCGAGAGGGUUCCUCUUCCAAACCCUGGCUGUGCCGAGUACCUGGCCAAAAGCUGCAGGCAUCCUAGCCGCUGCUAUGGCAGGGGAGGGCAAGCUCCUCCUCACUCAGAAAGGGUUUUAUCCACCACCACAGGACAUGUCCCGCCAAGCCGUCACGUGCAACGACGCGCUGCCGCUCACUCCCUCUACCGCACCUUCAUACGAUGAGGUACUGGACGAGUUGCUGGACGUGAUGCAUACGCAGACAAAGUUUGUUUGGAACGUGCUCACCUCCGAGCCGGACUCGGGCUGCCAGUACUGGCCCGUCAGCCCCCCGGAACGGUUUACUGGUCCGUGGAAUCAUACGCUGCGCAAUCCCAUCGUCAUAUUCAGCAACACCGCCGACCCAGCAACCCCGAUCUCCUCAGCCAGGCUCGUCAGGGCCCGCCUAGGCUCAUCCUCCGUCCUGGCACUGCAAAACGGUCCUGGACACUGUACGAUCUCCCUUCCCUCUCUGUGCAACAUCCGCCGGUCACGCGCCUUCUUCGAGUUCGGUAAGCUCCCCCAGGACGGGGAGGUGUGCGAGGUCACUGUGGGUCCUUUCCCAGAGGACCGCGCGGAGCUCGGGGAGGCAGAGAUGGAGUCGGUGAGCUCGGCAAUACGGCUCGGAGAGGUCCUCCACGCUGUUAGGAGAGCAUAAGGCCUGGACCUUGCCCUGAAGAAGUGCGAUACCCUGAACUACGGAUACCAGUCGCGUGCGACACCUCCCAUACCUUUAUGGCCCUUCGAAACACGAAUUUCCGAUACCCGGAAUCUUGAGUGCGGCGCGCUCUGAUGCUAUGAUACCUACACCCAACGGUAGCUGUAUUUUAUACUGUCGAUCCUAGGAUACACGCUCCUUGUCAUACGUAGAUACCAAGGCACUGUGUGCCCUCGCCUCACCAAUGGAAAUAUU